AUGAGUAUCGAGACACUUCGCAUAGUUUUCGCGGCACGUCACUCUGAAUUUUUCCAUUUCAAUUGAAUCAACGAAACAAGGAUCGACAGAUCAUAGAUCAUGAAGACACACGUGAUUUCAUCCAUUAUUGCGGGCAUAUUUCUCGUCGCUUCUAUUGAAAUUUCGGCCCUACAGAUACAGAACGAUGCUAAUCAAGCACAACGAGAAAAUUACCAGCCAAUUGUGACGGACUUUUUGGUCAAAUACUUAGACGAUCGUAAACCGGCUAUAUCAAAUGCCAAAAAAAUCAUCGGAACAAAUGAACAAAAUGUUGUCAAACGAAAUUUGGAUCAAAUUGGUGGUGGUAAUCUCGUUAGAAGCCUAUACGAACCUUCGAGAAAACAAGAAAUAGCAAAAGAUACAAUAAACGAUCCAAAUUCGAUUAGAUUGAGUAAUCUAAAGAGUUUGUUCAAGUCGAGAAACGAGGCUGAUGAUCGUACAAUGCGUAAUCUCGAUCAGAUCGGUGGUGGAAAUCUCGUUAGAAGUUCAAAUAUAUUUGGCACCAGUUUCCUAAGAAAUUUGGAUCAUAUCGGCGGUGGAAAUCUUGUGAGAAAUUUAGAUCAUAUUGGCGGUGGAAAUCUAGUGAGAAAUUUAGAUCAUAUUGGCGGUGGAAAUCUAGUGAGAAAUUUAGAUCAUAUUGGCGGUGGAAAUCUAGUGAGAAAUUUGGAUCAUAUUGGCGGUGGAAAUCUCGUGAGAAAUUUGGAUCAGAUCGGCGGUGGAAAUCUCGUGAGAAAUUUGGAUCAGAUCGGCGGUGGAAAUCUCGUGAGAAAUUUGGAUCAGAUCGGCGGUGGAAAUCUAGUGAGAAAUUUGGAUCAGAUCGGCGGUGGAAAUCUAGUGAGAAAUUUGGAUCAGAUCGGCGGUGGAAAUCUAGUGAGAAAUUUGGAUCAUAUCGGCGGUGGAAAUCUCGUAAGAAAUUUGGAUCAUAUCGGCGGUGGAAAUCUCGUGAGAAAUUUGGAUCAUAUCGGCGGUGGAAAUCUCGUGAGAAAUUUGGAUCAUAUCGGCGGUGGAAAUCUCGUGAGAAAUUUGGAUCAAAUCGGCGGUGGAAAUCUCGUCCGUGACGUUGAUCGUUUCUACGAGUGAUAUCUACUUGAUAACAAUCUAAAAAUAAAAAUAAAGAUCGAUUAGAAUUGAAAAAUAAAAAAUUAUUCUUAUCUUCCGCGCUGCUAUUCGAUAUGAUGAACCAACACAAAUAUUGGAUAAUAUUAAUGCACCAAGAUUUCUAUAUAAUAAUUAUUAUUAAAUAUCAUUAAAAAUUGCA